CAUCAGUGUCGAAACAAACCUCAGAAUUGAUACAACGACGUCUUUUGUCAGAAAUAAUGAAACCGAACUUAGUUUUGAUCAAACUGAUAAUGCGUUUGUCAAUUCUCAUGUUAUUAUUCGUGAUGUUAUUUAUAAUAUCAACUUUUUUGUACAGUAUUAGGUAUUGGCCAGAUGUUUAUAACUAUGUGAAUGCAAAUAUUACAAUAACAAGGAUACCAACUAUAUCGGAACUCAAUUUGACCGUCUUCGAGGUGAUUGAGUAUAACACUGAGAUGUAUUCUACAACGGAUGCAGAUUAUUAUACGAACGGAUACGAUACCAAUACCGUAGAAUAUACAUUUGGUUUUGAAGAUAUAGAAUAUCGAAAUUCGAAAGUUAGAAGAAGCGCUGAAUUAGAAGAUAUGGGUAGUGAUUACAAAGAUGUGCCAAAGAAGAGUGUUGUGGUUGAUUAUUUUUUUGACGAUGAAGAUGAAACGAGUACUAAAUUAAUUAAAGAUUUAGUCGAUGAAAGAAAAUUGACUACGAGAGACUUGAAAGACGUAGAAGUCAUGCCUGAGACGCAAUUUUUUUAUGGUUAUCCAAAAAUGACCGUAGAGAGCUGUAACGGGGAUAAGAUGGUGGUAUCGGAUGCUGUGUUCCCGUGGGUGGCAACCAUCUUUGUAAAGAACGAAUCCAAAGGAAAUCAGUUUGAUUACUUCUGUGAUGGCGCUUUAAUAUCAAACAAGUUAGUACUGACUGCUGCAAGAUGUACGUACAAUGGCAACGUUAGUUUCAGUCCUGAAAUUUUCAUUGUUAUAUUGGGAAAAACAUCUUUGCAGACCAAUAGUGGCGAAGAAAAGAUUCUAAGGGUGAAAGCUGUUAAACGCCAUGAAAAUUAUACAGUAACAGAAGGUAAAGCUACAAAUGAUCUAGCCGUGUUAGUUCUGGAAGAGACGGUGGGACUCGUCGAUGGUUUGGCGACAGCAUGUUUGAAAAGUGACGAAGAAACAACUGAAUCUGAAGAGAACAGUAAAGAAGCUAUAACUACUGCAUGGAGCUUUUCAGGGGACUUGACACUCAUAUAUUUCGAUAAAGAGAAAAGUAAAGCUUGUGGGCAGGAUAAUAAAGUGGAAAAUACGUUUUGUGCCACUUACCGCAAUGAUGUGGCCCUCUGUCCAAGUUACGGUGGAUUGUACGUGACAAUAUCAGCUGACAAUCAUCUUCAUUUACAAGGAUUGCGUAAUGGUAAUCCCCUUGAUAGAGGAAUCUGCUACGAUAGGAACGUUAAUUAUACAUCAUUGAAACACUACAGGAAAUGGAUACGUGAUGUUAUUGAAAGUAAUAAA